ACAAUGUGCGUUCGUAUUUGUCUGACUCCGGACUCCCAACUCUCAUACCGCAGGCAAGAGGAAACAUGACGAACCAGAGUCAGAACCAGAACUCUUUGGUGCGGCGCGGAGCCUCCAGCAGCAGAAACAACGCGAGCCGCGGGACGAAGUUGAGCUUAGGAAGCAUGAAUCCUCUCAGCCUGGCGUCCAUCAGCCUCGCAGCCUCGCUGCUCCUCGUCGUCCCACUUUGUCACAGCGCUCCGGUCGUUCUUCAACAAGCCACAGCCGAUCAGAGGCAGCUUCUCAGCCAGAUGGACGCCGCCUGCUCCUCUUUCUUCUCGGCAGACGUCAAGUUUGCCCUCAGCGAGGUGUCCGACAUCUUUGGGGAACUUUGCGUCCUGAUGCUCGUUCAGAAGUCGAAGGUGACACUCUUCUUUCUGUGUGAGGCUAAAAUAAAAGAUGUUUUCUUUCUUUUUUUCAGGAGCUUAGAGAACGGGGAAAUAACAAACAGAGUCCUAUACAGCCUCUCCUGCAUCUGGUUUCUCAUCUGCAUACCCGAAGCGAGAGAGGACUGUCAGUGCGAGCUGAACUUCAGGGACCUGCUGGAAUCCAGAGCAGAGGCUACUUUCUCUAUCGGCCUCGGAACGGAAGAAGAGAUUUAGAAUACCAGUAGCAGAAAGGGAGAUGCCAACUAUCCCAAACCCCGGCCCAGGCCGCUGCAGCUGCACCAGACCACCGAGUGACCCAGGACUCCACUGAAUUCUGACACUGCCGUUUACUGAAUGUACACAGAUAAUGUAAUAUAAUAUUAAUAAAAAC